UAUUCGUAGAAAUGUAUCUCAACAAUUAAUUAUCGCCUCAAAGGUAUAUUUGGCACUGUUAUCGAUUUUGUCAUUUCGCUAAUAAAUGAUGUGAUUUUUGUGGGCCAGCUACCAAAUCGCUGUAAGAGGAUCGAAUUUAACUUUGGUCUCCGAUAACAUUAUCUGCCAACGACACACUUCAAAAUGAUGAAAAUUGUGAUAAUUGCUGCGAUAGUAGCCACAGCUUUGGCUGCACCAUUACAGAAACAACGGGUGUCGAUUUACGAUCUGUUAGGAAGACGCGAUCCAUUCCCUGAGCCGAAAUAUCCAUCACCGAUACCACAAAAUGUUACCCUUUUAACGAUUGAGCAACGUGUGGACAAUUUUAAUCCUGCCAGCCAGGACACAUGGUUGCAACGAUACUUGAUCAACGAUGAAUUCUACACACCUGGAUCGCCAAUCUUUUUGUUCUUGGGAGGUGAAUGGACCAUCACUCCGUACCGCAUGACUUUCAGUCUUAUGCAUGACAUGGCUGACGAUUUAAAUGCCAGCAUUUUGUACUUGGAACAUCGUUACUACGGAGAGAGUCGACCGACGCCUAAUGUUACGGAUGAAAAUCUUCGGUUUUUGACUCCUCAACAAGCCCUUGCCGAUACUGCUCACUUUGUUAGUCAUAUUCAAGCAACCAUACCAGGUGCAUCAAGGUCUCCGUUCAUUCUUGUUGGUGGACAUUACUCUGCAUCUUUAGCCGUUUGGUUCCGACAAGCCUAUCCACAUCUAGCCUUAGGUGUUUGGGCAUCAAGUGCUCCGCUACCAUCAGUCGUCGACUUUGAUCAAUUUAAAGUAGCAACUGGAGCAGCCUUCCGAAAUGUUGGUGGAGAUUCAUGUUACGAUGCUAUGGAUCUGGGUUUCGAUAGAGUGCAAGAAAUGGUGGACGCCGAUCAAUGGGAUGAACUGACCGAAGCCUUUUACUUGUGUGACCCACUUGAGCCGGAGGAUCUUCCUCACCUCUUCAGCAUUGUCGCUGAGAUUUAUGCCAUUCAACCACAAUUUUCUGACGAAUAUACCAUGGAACAGACCUGUGCUACCAUUGAAGAAGCAGGAAGCACGGUUGAAAGCAUUGCCCACGUGAUAUUAGCUUUCAUCGACCCAGCCGCAGGUCAAUGCUUUAACAUCGAUUACGAUGAUAUCAUUGAGAAUGAACGUCGAACUGAAUGGGAUGCUCCAGCUGUUUUAAGUGGUUACAGACAAUGGACUUAUCAACUUUGCUCGCAAAUUGGAUGGUUCCAUACAUCGACAUCUCCCGAUCAACCUUUCGGAGACAAUUUCGGAGUAGAUCUUUAUCAUGCCGGCUGUCAGGCCGUUUUCGGUGAAAGAUUCACUGAAGAGCGACUUGAAAACAACUCUGAUCGAUUCAACACACUGUUCGGCGGACUGAAUCCUGAUGUGACUAACGCAGUUUUCGUGUACGGUCAACAUGAUCCAUGGUCCGUUAUUGGCCGACGAACAGAUUUGAAUGGUGAUGCCGUUGCGAUUGUUAUCGAAGGCGCCACUAUGGGUAAAGAUUUGGGUCCAGCCACAUAUGUCGAUUCAGAUGCCGUAGCAGAAGCAAAAGAACAGAUUGAAGAAAUCAUCCGUGGAUGGUUGUCUGAAGCUGCUAAUGUGUAAAUGUAAAAAAAUGAAAUAAAAGACAAAAUUGA